CUCUCACUAAAUCUUCGCUACACUUUCACUAAAUCUUCACUACGCUUCACUACACUUUACACUUCACUAUACUUUACACUUCAAUACACUUCACCACACUUCACUAUGGCUAGAGGUAGAAGUAAAUCGAUAGUACAAAAGAUUGCUGCCGAUGUCCCUUAUUAUAAUGAAGACAAUCUUAAUUUAGGAGAUCGAGUUCAUCCUGUGUCGGGAAUAGCCAGCACAUACAAAUUAACUAAAUCAAAAUCAUUAACUGAUAUAACCAUCACUACCAAUAAAUUAUUAUCAAUUACUAAUGAUAUAGAUUAUCCAUUAACCACCAAACAAUCAGAUCAAUUAUGGUCUGAAUAUAUUCAAACUUAUAAUUUUGAUUGUUUAUUAAAUUUUCAAGAUAUAAGUUCAAUUAAUGAUAUGCAUAUUGAUAAUAUCCUUAAUUUUCAAAAUAAUUGUCUUAUAAAUCAACAACAAAUUGAAUCAUUUAUAGAUGAAAGUGAUGGAAUAUUAAAUCAAAUUCAUUUAUUAUUAAAAAAAUAUGAUCAAAUCUCUAAUGAAACCCUUGAUUUUGAUCGAGAAUCAAGUGAAUUAUUAAAUUUACAAACAUCAUAUCAACAUAAAUAUGAUCAAAUUGAAAAUUAUUUAAAACAUUUUGAAAAUUUAGAUAAUAUAACUAGAAAUCUUUCAAAAUCAGGUAAUCAUUUAAUUAAUCAAAGACGAGAUUAUUUUUUAAAUACUAUAUUAAAAGAAUUAGAUUCAUCAAUUGAAUUUAUUAAUUUACAUCCUCAAUUUAAAAAUAUAGAUUUAUAUGAUAAUAGAUUUAAACAAUGUCUUACAAGAGGUUUAACAUUAAUUAAAAAUUAUUUAAAUACUGAAUUAAAAGAUAUUUAUGAUGGAUUAAAUAAAAAAUUAUAUGAUGAAUCUAAAAAUGUUUCAAUUGAUAUUUUAAUAUUUAAUGAAUUUUCAGAAUAUUUAAAGUAUAAUGGAAAUAAUUUUAAAGAAUUAUUUAAUCAAAUUUUAAUAAGAAUUCAUAAUAAUAAAGAAUAUGAAGGUUUAUUAGGAGAUAUAUUAAAUAAUUAUUUUAAAAUAAGAUUAAAUUUAUUAAGACAAUAUAUUCCUCCUAAUUUAAUUAUUAAAAAGACUCAUGAUAAUUUAGUACAAAUAUGUCAAGAUCAAAUUUCUUUCUUUAAAAAGAUAAUUGAACGAGAAUUUUCUUUAUUAAAAAAAUUCUUUAUUGUUAAUAAUAUUCCUUCAAUUAUAAAUGAUUAUUUUUAUCAACAUUUAAAGAAUGUUCUAGAACCAUUAUAUGAUAGUUUAAGACAAUUAAUUCUUCGAGAAUUUAAUAUUUCAAAAUUAUGUCAAUUAACAACUUUAUUACAAAAGUAUUAUGAAUUCGAAGAUGAUUCUGAAAGUAUUCAAGAUAAUAGUUCAUUAUCAGGUUUACCAAUUAUUAAUUAUGGAGAAUUAUUUCAACCUAUUUUAGAUGAUGUUCAACAAAGAUUAAUAUUUAGAACUCAAAUUUAUGUUGAUGAUAAAUUAGUUAAAUAUAAACCUAAACCUGAAGAUUUAAGAGUUGGUAAUAGAAAGAAAAGUUCUAAACUUCAAGAUUCUACUACUACAAAUGAAAUAAAUCAAAUUGAAACAGAUUAUCCGGAUAAUUUAUUUCCUAAUGUUUAUUUACCAUUAGCUAAAGCUUUAACAUUAUUAUCUAGUAUUUAUGAAUUAAUUAAUUCAGUUGUAUUUGAUGAUUUAGCUCAUUAUAUUGUUCAUGCAUGUAUAUUUUUAUUAAAGGGAGAAUUCUAUAAAUUAUCAAUAACUUAUUUAGGUCCAAUUGAUGCUCAAUUAGAAUAUAUUAAAAAUUUAAUUAUAUUAAAAACUCAAAUUAAUAAUUUUGAUAUUCAAUAUACUAGAAAUGAUUAUUCAAUUGAUUUUACAGGAGGAUUUAGUGAUAUUUGGAAAAUGGUAAGAGCUAAAUCUUUUGAUCGUAAUACUUUAUUAGAAGUUGCUUAUAAAAGUGUACCAAAAGUUGUUAAUAAUAUGAUUGAUGCUAAUUAUGAAAUUGAAUUAGAAUUAAAUAAUGCUGUAACUAAAUUUAUUGAAACUUGUGGUGAUGAUAUUUGUGAACCAAUAUCUUCACUGAAAAUUACUAAAGAUGAAAUAUUAAAGGAACCUAAACAAGUAAGUUCUAAACUCAAAGAUAAUUUAUUACUUAAAAUUCCUCAAUUAUACAAACAAAUUAAAAUUUAUAUUGAUAAUCCAAGUAUUAUUGAAUAUUUAAUGAAUAAUUUAACUAAUUUAAUUGUACUAACUUAUGAAAAUAACUUUUAUAAAGUUAUUCAAGAAGGUAUAUCUCAAAUUGAACAAAAGAGUCAAGUUGAAGAUAUCAUGGAAAUUGAUACUGUAUUUGGAUUUAUUAAUGAUUUAGUUACUAAUCUAUAUGAUACUGAUGAUCUUAACAAUACCAACGCCAGUCAAAUCAACUUCAAUGAAGAUAUCUUAAAUGAUCUCGACAUUAAUGAUGAUAGAGUCAGUACAAAUCUGUCUCCUGGAGCAUUAGAUCCUAUCAGUGCGGUGCCUCAAGCACAAAAUGAUCAGCCUGUUGUUGAACAAAGCUAGUUAGUUAGUUAUUUAUUUCUAUAGAAUGUACAGGGUAUUGAUUAACA